CUUGACCAGUUGGUCAGUUCCUCUCGGAUCCUGAUCUUUCUCGCGUCUGAUCUAGGAAAAGAAGCUUGUUCAAUAAAAUCUCUCUCGCUUCAAGAAAUAGGAAACGCUUUUGGAAAUCAUCACCUCACAGUUAUGGAGAAUUCGAAAAUCGAGAAGCUGGACGGUCUGGCCCGGUGGGUCGGGUCGGGUGUGGCGGCGGCGUUCUUCGCGUCGCUGGAGCGGUGUUCCUGCGUCAACCUCAACACGUCCGACAGCGACAACGAGGACGAAGAAGAGGCCAAGGAUGUUCCCCUCAUGCUCUGUACUCCCAUCCCUUCCCACAUCGAUCCAGACAUCACUAACCCGAACCCUAAACCAGAAGCCACUGCCCGCGCCGCCACCGUCGAGGCCCUCCCCGUCUGAAGAUUCUUCGAUUGACAGAUCCAUGAAGCUGUUGGGUAACAUUGAAUCUAUAUCUUUUGUGUCCGAAAUUUGUUUCGUACGAUAUGUCUUACGAGUGUGUACUUCUCGAUUGCCAUUAAUGCUGAAUCAAAUCAACUAUGUUGAAUUGUUGGAGGAUUAGAAUUUUCGUACAUUGUAUGACAGCAAAUACAGACACCCUAAAUGGUUGGUGUUGUUAAUACUUUGUCUGAUUUGAAAUCACUUGAUUGUUUUCCAGUUUACAGCUCAAAGCUAUGAAUGUUCAAUUGUUCAUCCAA